AUGCCUCUCCUCGGUGGCAAGGGCAACAAAUUCAAGGUCGAUCCGCCCAAGAUUCGCAUCGAAAAGGUCACAGUCGAGCGACCCGCGCCCAAACCAAAGCCCAAGCCCCAAGCCGCCCUCUCCAAGGCCUCGUCGUCAUCGUCGCGCUCCCCGUCCCUCCACCGUGCCUCGCCCAAACCCGCCACGCCACGUCAGAAGAGCCACUCGCCGUACCCGUCGUCGUCGGACGAGCGCCGCCUCGAGCGCAAACGCAAGGCCGGCGCCACCCCGGUCCGCAAAUCCCCCGUCGCCGAGCGCGUCACCUUUGACAAGGACAGCGACAACGAGGACGAUGGUUGGAUGAGCCUCGACACCCGCAAGCGCUCGCGCAAGGGCCAAGACGACGACAUGGCCGACCCCAACCGCCAGCUGCGUGACAUUGACGCCUACGAGGAGCCUGAGGCCGGCCUCAAGUUUGUUCACGCCGUCGAUGUCGCCUCGCUGGAGACCAAGUGCGUACCGGUCAUGGGCGCUCAAAAAGAGGAUGUUGCAAUAGAAAUACAAUAUCCCAGCCCCCAACCACGAGAACGGUUUGAACUAGUCUGGGGCAAAGACAAGAUUGACGCGGUACAGGCUAGCAUCCGUAUCGUACAACUUGUUGCCGAGACAUAUCUCACCGAGCAAGAGGCCGAGCCCUUUACCAACCAAAACGGGGGACUUAUUCGACGACUCGAAAAAGCCUCCAACAGAAAUAUUCAAGACCUAACAGGCUUCAAAGCCGCCAUCCACGAGUACAACCAAACCCUCCAAAAUCUCGUCGAGGACGGCAUCGUCGCCAAGAACCUCGACAAUCUGCACGAAAUACCACCCCACCUUGUCGCCUUUAUCCUCGACCAAAUAUACGACCGAACCGUCGCCCCUCACGUGGAACUCCUCUCCAAGUACGAAAAUGGCACCGACUAUGUAUACGGCGAGCUGUUGCAUCCUUUUGUCACCAAGCUGUUGGUCGAGCAGCUCAAGAUGACAUCAGACCAAGUCUUUGUUGACCUGGGCUCUGGCGUCGGCAACGUGGUGCUGCAGGCAGCGCUGGAGAUUGGGUGCGAGAGCAUAGGCUGCGAAAUGAUGGAAAACGCCUGCAAGCUGGCCGACGACCAAAACCGCGAGUUUGGGUCACGCUGCAAGUUGUGGGGCAUCCUGCCCGGAAGGACUCGCCUGGAAAAGGGUGACUUUCGCAAGAACCAGGUGAUCCACGAUGCUCUGAAGCGGGCCGACGUGGUGCUGGUCAACAACAAGGCUUUUACGUCGCAGCUCAACGACGACCUGGUGCGCAUGUUUUUGGACCUCAAAAGCGGGUGCAAAAUCAUUUCGCUGCGAUCCUUUGUCACGGACGGCCACAGCCAUAAUAUCAACGACGUCGGUAGCACGAUAUUGGAUGUGGAGGAGUGUGCGUAUCCGGAGGGUUUCGUCAGCUGGACGAAUGCUGGGGGGCCGUAUUACAUUUCCACGCGAAAAUAG